AUGGGUGCUGGGGCCAGCGCUGAGGAGAAGCACUCCCGCGAGCUGGAGAAGAAGCUCAAGGAGGACGCUGAGAAGGAUGCCAGGACCGUGAAGCUGCUGCUGCUGGGAGCAGGGGAGUCGGGGAAGAGCACCAUCGUCAAGCAGAUGAAGAUCAUCCACCAGGACGGUUACUCGCUGGAGGAAUGCCUGGCGUUCAUCGCCAUCAUCUACAGCAACACGCUCCAGUCCAUGCUGGCCAUCGUGCGGGCCAUGACCACCCUCAACAUCCAGUAUGGGGACUCGGCUCGCCAGGACGAUGCCCGCAAGCUGCUGCACCUCUCAGACACCAUUGAGGAGGGCACCAUGCCCAAGGAGAUGUCAGACAUCAUCGGGCGGCUCUGGAAGGACGCGGGCAUCCAAGCCUGCUUUGACCGUGCCUCUGAGUACCAGCUCAACGACUCAGCUGGCUACUACCUGUCAGACCUGGAGCGCCUGGUGACCCCCGGCUAUGUCCCCACGGAGCAGGACGUGCUGCGGUCCCGUGUCAAGACCACUGGCAUCAUUGAGACCCAGUUCUCUUUCAAAGACCUCAACUUCAGGAUGUUUGACGUGGGCGGCCAGCGCUCGGAGAGGAAGAAGUGGAUCCACUGCUUCGAGGGGGUGACCUGCAUCAUUUUCAUCGCAGCCCUCAGCGCCUAUGACAUGGUCCUGGUGGAAGAUGAUGAAGUGAACCGCAUGCACGAGAGCCUGCACCUCUUCAACAGUAUCUGCAACCACCGCUACUUCGCCACCACCUCCAUUGUCCUCUUCCUCAACAAGAAGGACGUCUUCCUGGAGAAGAUCAAGAAGGCCCAUCUCAGCAUCUGCUUCCCCGACUACGACGGUCCCAAUACCUAUGAGGACGCGGGCAACUACAUCAAGCUGCAGUUCCUGGAGCUGAACAUGCGGCGGGACGUGAAGGAGAUCUACUCCCACAUGACCUGCGCCACCGAUACCGAGAACGUCAAGUUCGUCUUCGACGCAGUCACCGACAUCAUCAUCAAGGAGAACCUCAAGGACUGCGGGCUCUUCUGA